AUCCUGCUCCUCAUCUUCCCGUUAUGUUGUCUGUGUGCAGAAAAUGGAGGCGGCGUAUUACGACAACAUUAUGGAGCAGCAGCGUCUGGAGCCCGAGUUCUUCAGGGUGGGAUUCUAUGGCAGGAAGUUCCCCUUCUUCCUCAGAAACAAAGAGUUUGUCUGUCGUGGACACGACUACGAAAGGUUAGAGGCCUUCCAGCAAAGGAUGCUGGGAGAGUUCCCACAAGCCAUUGCGAUGCAGCACGCCAAUCAGCCGGACGAGGGCAUCCUGCAGUGUGAUGCUCAGUGUAUCCUCCAGCAUCU